GCGCGGGCAGGGCUGGGCAGGGCGCGCCGGGGCGGGGGGAGCCCGAGCCCCUUUUCUUUCCCUUUCUCCUCUCCCGGAGGGCUCCCCGGGCUCGGAGGGGCUCCCGUGGCUGUAACUAACCCAGGCGGACCGGGGCUGCUGCUGUGCCCGGGCCGGCUUGGCGCUGCAUGCAGCCUUACACGCUCUGUCUCCGGCUUACAAACUAGCACCCCGGAUACUGCUCAAGAGCUCGGAAACCAAAUAACCCAGUUUUUCAGAAAACAACCCUCCCAGGCAUAUAUUAUAACAAAGCGUCAGGUUUCUGUCUGGAUUUAGGACUUGCCUUUUUCUUUCCUGCCUCCCCUCUCUCCAGGCUCUAGCGCUGGCCAGUGUGAGUUGGAGUGGCUGAAAUAUUUCUGAUGAGAUUGUUUUGUUUCGCUUGUUUGUUUACUGCAAUCAUAGCUUUGUGCAGCACUGGCAACAUCUUUUCGGACUAUUUUGAAGGAAAUAUUUUAGGGGGUGGACGUCGCCUUUAGCUGCACCGCGGUCUAUCAAAUAGCUUGUUUCUUAAAACGACAAGAUAACGUUAGGGAUUGCAUUUCCAAAACUGCCAUACAAUACAACCGUGUCAUCUCUGGCUGUGCUGAAGGGUUCGAGUCCAUAAAUUCUCAACAGACCGUUUAUAAAGGAGAUUGGAAAGAUGAAGAGCACAUUCCCGGCCAUUUAGACAAGCCUUUGACUUUUGCCGAGUUCGAGUCCUUUUGUUAGUGCUAAAGUUGAGAAAUUUGGUUUAGUGCAGGGAAGGAUUUGCCACCCUAGCAGGAGCACCCAUUACUCCGUUUCAGAGUUAAUUUAUAGCGAACUAGCUGUCCUUCCUAUACUCUGCUCUCCUAGAUAUUAGAGAGAAACCGAAAGUAACUAAUCGGACGCACCUCUUAAACCGUUCAUGCUCCAGCCAGGAGCUAAAAUGUUACUUCCUUCAGUUCACGGAUAAGUUUAAAGGAAGGAGGGCCGAGGGUAUGGGGAGCAGAAGCAGCCUCCCCCUCCUGCCCCCCAGGUUGCGGAGCCGGGCGCGACGGGACCGCCCUGUCCGACCGCAGCCGGGGGCUCUCCGGCAUCGCCGAGGUGGGGAACAGACGCCUCGAAGCCACUCGGGUUUCUCCGGGCAAGCAGCCCUCCAUCUUCCGAGCCGCAGCCGGCUCUGCCCGUUACCCCUCCUAACCUCUGCCGUGCCCUAAAUCACGGCGCGGAGAGGAUCCGUCUCUCGCAGCCGCCCGGCCGUGACGCCCGGGAGCCGGCAGCUCCCGCCCCGCAGACAGCUCGGGAGCGAGCUGCGAUCUGCUGAGUCCGCCGGCAGCAAGUCUGCCCCAAAGAGCUGCCCAAGUUUUCCACGGACAAUCGCAGCCGGGAGGGAAGCGCCUGCCUUCCCUUGCCAGUGGGGCCCCAGGGUGCGCAGGGCACGGCUGCGGGCCCGCCUGUGCGGGCACCGCUGAACGCGGUGAGGGCACGGCGCGGCAAGGGCUGGGCAAGAAUGGGUAUAUGCCUCCCAAGAUCAUCCUGCGGGAGCUGCCGUGCCGUCUCUGGGAAAGCAGCAAGCCCCAAACCCCUGGCUAUUGGCGUAGCCCUGGCUAACUAGAAGAAUGUCUUGUGAGCCCUGAUCGCACUGAGAAGCAUUCCACAAUGCCAGACUCACCUGUGGAUGUGAAGACACAAUCCAGGCUGACGCCUCCAACCAUGCCACCUCCUCCCACUACCCAAGGAGCUCCAAGAACCAGUUCAUUUACGCCCACAACGUUAACCAAUGGCACUAGCCAUUCACCAACAGCGUUGAAUGGAGCUCCAUCUCCUCCUAAUGGCUUUAGCAAUGGGCCAUCCUCUUCCUCUUCCUCUUCUCUGGCUAACCAGCAGUUACCGCCAGCUUGUGGAGCUAGGCAGCUCAGCAAACUGAAGAGAUUUCUUACAACCUUACAGCAGUUUGGCAAUGACAUUUCACCAGAGAUUGGGGAGAGAGUGCGUACCCUUGUGCUAGGACUUGUGAAUUCUACUUUGACAAUUGAAGAAUUUCAUUCCAAACUGCAAGAAGCUACUAACUUCCCACUGCGACCUUUUGUCAUCCCAUUUUUAAAGGCCAAUCUGCCCCUGCUGCAGCGGGAGCUGCUGCACUGUGCAAGGCUAGCCAAGCAGAACCCAGCCCAGUACCUCGCCCAGCACGAACAGCUGCUUCUGGAUGCCAGCACCACCUCACCUGUUGACUCCUCAGAGCUGCUUCUCGAUGUGAACGAAAACGGGAAGAGGCGAACUCCAGACAGAACCAAAGAAAAUGGCUUUGACAGAGAGCCUUUGCACUCAGAGCAUCCAAGCAAGCGGCCCUGCACUAUUAGCCCAGGCCAGCGGUACAGUCCAAAUAAUGGCUUAUCUUAUCAGCCCAAUGGUCUGCCUCAUCCCACCCCACCUCCUCCUCAGCAUUAUCGUUUGGAUGAUAUGGCCAUUGCCCACCACUACAGGGACUCAUACAGACACCCCAAUCACAGGGACCUCAGGGACAGAAACAGACCUAUGGGGUUGCAUGGCACGCGUCAAGAAGAAAUGAUUGAUCACAGGCUAACAGACAGAGAAUGGGCAGAAGAGUGGAAACAUCUUGACCAUUUGUUGAACUGUAUAAUGGACAUGGUGGAAAAAACCAGGCGAUCUCUCACUGUCCUACGGCGAUGUCAGGAAGCAGACCGUGAGGAGCUGAAUUACUGGAUACGGCGGUACAGUGAUGCGGAGGAUUUAAAAAAAGGUGGAAACAGCAGUAGUAGUCAUUCCAGACAGCAGAGCCCAGUGAAUCCAGAUCCAGUUUCAUUAGAAUCUCAUCGGGAAUUCCUUCACAGGCCUGCGUCUGGAUAUGUGCCAGAGGAGAUCUGGAAGAAAGCUGAGGAGGCUGUCAAUGAGGUGAAGCGCCAGGCGAUGGCCGAGCUGCAGAAGGCGGUGUCGGAGGCCGAGCGGAAGGCGCACGACAUGAUCACUUCGGAGAGGGCCAAGAUGGAGCGCACGGUUGCCGAAGCCAAGCGCCAGGCGGCAGAGGACGCCCUGGCCGUCAUCAAUCAGCAGGAGGAUUCAAGUGAGAGUUGCUGGAACUGUGGCCGGAAAGCUAGUGAAACCUGCAGUGGUUGCAACACAGCACGAUACUGUGGCUCAUUUUGCCAGCACAAGGACUGGGAGAAGCACCAUCACAUCUGUGGACAGACCCUCCAAGCCCAGCAGCAAGGAGAGACACCAGCAGUGAGCUCCUCUGUGACGCCCAGCAGCGGGGCCGGGAGCCCCAUCGACACUCCACCAGCAGCUACUCCGAGGUCCACCACCCCGGGAACCCCGUCCACCAUAGACGCGACUCCUCGCUAAAACCCAACUCCAAACUCCGGAAACAAACACAGCAGAAAGUGAAACCAAUUCUUCAUCCUCAGAUGCGCAAAGAUUUUAACUGAACUGUCACAUUUCAACACUUCAAUAAGAAAGAACUUACUGUAUCUUGAGGUGGUAGAAAAUACAGAAGGCCAGUAACGGGUCAUAAUGACUUAUUGUGGAUAACAAAGAUAUCUUUUCUUUAGAAAACUGAAAAGAGAGCAGAGAAUAUACACAAAAUGAUAGAUUUGACCUCCUCCCUGUUAUUUUCCAGUAGCUGGGAUUUUAAACUAGAUGACCUCAUUAACAGAUGCUUUACCAAACAGCAAACCAAGAGAUUGCUAAUUGCUGUUGAAAGCAAAAUGCUAAUAUUAAAGUCACAAUGUUCUUUAUAACAAUAAUGGAAAUUAAAAAAAAAAAAAAAAGAGAGCGAGAAAAAAAUAACCCUCAAGGGCACGAGCAUUGGAUACAGCAGUAGACAUUUUAACAAGAAGAUGAAUGGCGUCCGUGGGUUACUGACUGAACUUUGAAGACCCGCAUCAAAACGCGCAGAUGUGCAGCAGAUUGGAAGGAGACACAGAUGUUCAUUUUUUUUCCUGUUUCUAAAAGAAAUAAAAUAAUACCCAGGUCAACAGAAUGAAAAAUGAAAGAUGAUUUGCAGUGGGAUGUAGGACUACAGCAGCAAAGAAAAAAAAUGCCAUAAUACAAAAGGCUUUUUUUUUUUUUUCCUUUUAAAUACAGAAAUAAGGGACACAGCCUGCAGUUAAUUAGCAUCCUGGCAGCUUUGACAUCAGCCAGCUGCUCCAACUAAACCUUUCAACAUUUCUUCACUUUUUUUGCAAGGUUCCACAGAGUAUGACAAUCGGGUCUAUUCCAGCUCAUCCAUUUUUGUAUUGAAAAUUAAUAAUAGUUAAUAACAUGGUGGCUCCAGCCCCUUUUCAAAUUCUUUCCACCCAUCCUGUUUGGAUUUUUAAUUAAGAAAAAAAAAAGAAAAAAAAAAGAAAAAAAAAAUAAAGAAAAAACCCCUAGUAGUUCUCUUGGUGUUGAAACACUUCUGUCCUGUGAGGUUUCCCAAUGGUGUUUUUCUUGUAAAUGUGUUGGACAAAUGUGAAGAUGCAUUGUAGUUUAACCAUGCUCACAUUUAGUCUUCUUUAUUCCUAGUUGGUGAGAAACCUGUAACUUUCUAUGCUGCUUUUAUAUCUGUAUGUAUUAGUGAUAUUUCUCUAGUAGCUUAAAAAAAAAGAAAAAAAGAAGAAAAAAAAAAGAAAAAACCACCCUUUUUUGUUUGUCCUGAAGAAAAACAAAUGCUAUCUAUUGGAGCUGCUAUUUCACUCUGUUAUAGAAUUUUUUUUCUGAAAACUAGCAUGCUUCACGGAAUGCUAACAUAUUGGUGUUUUUGUAAGAGGGAUGUACAUAAAUGUAUUUUGCACUGUCACAAUGACUCCCUAGGCAUGCUUUUUUUUGGGCAAACUCUUUUUAAAUAUACUAGAGCCAUUUCACCAAGUUUAUCUGUAGCAUAGAGUAGUGGUGGAUUUUUUUUUUCAAAAAUUCACUAAUAGGGACGUUUUUAUAAAAAAAUAAAAUAAAAUAAACAAGAUAUCAUACUUUAAAAAAGGACAGUGCAUGCAUAUCACUGU